AUGGACAGUAUGGCUGAUAAGAUCACAAUACAGACGAACAGCGCCUUGACACCGCCCUUCUCUCCCCGUCCCAUCCCACCCCCAACCGCCACCGCUGCCACACUUAGUAGUCCCACAUCGCCAUCCGAGAACACGCAUCAGAAUGGGCAUGUCAAUACCAGCCUAGGUCGGACCACGACAGGCCCGCAACCGCGUGAGCCCGUGCUCGACUCGGUCAUAGCAAUACCGCUCACGGCGGAAGAGUCCCUCCCCACCAUAAGCGGCAAGAACAACGAAGCAUACCUCACCAACGACGACCCCCGUCAGUUCCUCUUAUACGACCUCGAUCUCUCUCGCUUGAACCGCAUACAUGGACACCUAUGGAUGGCAGGCCGGCCCAUGCGCGCCAGGCCAUUGCAUAGAUACACGAUGCUGGGCAUGGAAGUGCUAGGCACGCAACAAAUGGAUCUACAUCUGCUGAAGUACUCGACGAAGCUUAUAGUCAAGCCGUUGCCGGAAUGGAUGCUCAGCUAUGAGUUCUGGCAAGAGUAUAUCUGCAAGCCUGCGGAUGCGGAUCCUGGUGACGAGACAGCAAAAGGCCUGUGGGAGAGUGCCGCGGGGUUUCUGGUGAGCUAUGUGUGGCUUAUCACUACACCGCUGGACUUGAAGAUCGCGCACGAGAACACGCUUCUACCGAGCUUUGUCACCUGGCACUGGUGGAAAGCUUUCGUGAAAGAUUUCAUGGGCCAUGUGGACAUCAACACGCUACAGAAAGUCAACAAACGCUACCAUUUCGGUGAUCUUAGGCUGGGGAGGAUCAACAGCAUUUAUCGGACACGAUUUGCGCAUACGCAUUUCAUAUCCGUGGUCGUCGUACUGGCAUUCGUUACAAUCGUCUUUAUCGGCAUCUUUCUCUUCAACAUGUACAAGGCUAUCACGCAUGCGGGGAGUACACAGAAGUGGAGACUUAAGAUGUUUCGGAGGAAUCAGGAGGAGGGUAAGGAUGCUUGA